GUAGUACCUAGAUAUACUGAAGUACCUAGUUUGAUUUCGGGAAAUGUGUGUGGAUGUUUUGGAUAGUUUUGGCGUGCGGUUAACAUUUAAAUAGACGGAGCCGAAUCGAGAAAAAUGCGGCAUGGCCCGCAGUUGACACAGUGUGCGGAGCUCAAGAACCGAUAAGAUGAUAAGAUAUGUAUAGAUAGCAAUAAUUGGCGAUUGAGAUUAGUCCACAAAGCAAUAAGCAUGAGUGAGGUUCAUACAGAUGGAAGGAGCUACACUCCAAACAAAAAUAAUGUGCCCCGGAAAAAGAUUAACUUACCACUGGAAUAUAUAUCUACAGAUAUAUCUCCACCAAACAAUAAUGUAUUUGUUGUUCCAGAUGGUGAAAAGAAAUUCAUAGAACGCGAUUAUAAAAAUUGCAAACUGUCUUAUCCCAGAGACAAAAACGAUCCGGGGAAAAUAAUUAUUAUUAACUACGAGUUUGCCGAUAAAGAGCCCAGAAUUGGAAGUCGUAGGGAUGUAAACGAAAUGAUUUUGUGUCUACAGAGACAGGGCUACAACAUCUACGAAAACGACAUUCUUACAGACAAAAGCAAGGAGUACGUUUUAGAUUAUUUAGAAGAAGUUGCCAAGUCCCAACUCUCUGAUGUAAAUUGUUUGAUGGUCUUUUUUUUUACACACGGAAAAGAGUGCAAUAAACUAAGUACAAUUGAUUAUGAUAUUAAUGUGGAAGAAAUUUACAAGCCAUUCAAAGACUGCCUUAAAAAUAAACCAAAAAUGUUUAUUUUCCAGGCUUGCAAAGGCAAACGUUUUACAACAACCAAAGGAGUUCGAUUAAAUGCACCCAAAAAAUUUAAAAAACAGUUCAUCAAAUUUUGUAGACAAACAUUGUUUAAGGCUUGUAAAGGCAGUGCGUUUUCUACAACCAAAGGAAGUGUAUCUGAUUACGAUGAAACUUCCGGAUUUAUUCCGUUUGGAACUCUAAAAACACAAAUUCCUGAGGAUAUGAUCUUUUACUUUUCUACAAUUGAAGGUACUGUAGCCACUUCUGCCAUAAGUUCUAUCAGAGCUAGUCGUAACAUAUUUUGGAUUUAGGGGGUGUGUUCAGAAAAUAACGGGAA